GCAGCAACGAACAGCAUUAUCUCCGCCACCAGUCCGCCUCCGGCCUCCGGCCUCCGCCCUCCUCCGGCUCCGGCUGCUCCGCCGGCUCCGGCUCCGGCUCCGGCUCCUGAUUAUCAUCAUCUCAGUUCGAUUUCCGGCAUUAUCAGUUAUGCAGAAGAAUAUUUCAAGUUUCUUUCAAAGGCAACCACCACCUAACAUUGAAUCGUCGUCUUCAACUAGUAAACCCUUGAAAAUCGUUUUGGAUGAUCUUCCGUGGGAUCCUUCCGAAAGGAAACCAAUUUCAUCUUAUCACCCUAGUCAAAAAGAUGAAAUUAGACGAACAUAUUUGCUUCGAGGUCCAUGUCAACCGAAAGGGAAAAAAACAGAUUUUCCACAAACACUUAUUGGUAAUAGUGAUAAGUUAAGACGGUUCAAUCCAAAAUGGUACACAGAAAAGCAUGGAAAUUGGUUGGAAUAUAGUGUCAAAGCGGAUAGAGUGUAUUGCUUACAUUGUUACUUAUUCAAAGAAAGUGGACAAAAAGAUGCAUUUGCGAGUGAGGGGGUACAAUGUUGGCAUAGGAAAGAAGAAAGAUUCGAAAUUCAUGUUGGUAAAAGCAAUAGUUUUCACAACAGGGCGGUUCAAAAAGGAGAAGACUUACUUAAAGAAGCCCAAUCUAUACCAGCGGUUCAAAAAAAACCCGAGCAAAACAAAGAAUAUAGAAUCCGAUUAAGUACUUCGGUUAUACUCGCUAAAGGAUUGUUGAAUGGCGGAUUACCUUUUCGGGGUCAUGAUGAAUCUGAAGCAUCCUUAUAUAGAGGACAUUUCAUAGAGUUUUUAAAAUUGUUCGCACAAAUAAAUGAAGAAAUUGCAAAGUAUAUAUUAAGUAAUGCUCCGAAGAAUUGCCAAAUGACGGCUCCAUCAAUACAAAAAGACAUUUGUAAUUGUUUUGCAGAAGAAGUGUUAAAGAUGAUAUUUGAAGAGCUUGGUGAUGAUGUCUUUUCUUUAUUAGUUGAUGAAUCGAGGGAUAUUUCUAAAAAGGAACAAAUGGCCGUGGUUUUGAGAUUUGUUGAUAAAUUAGGAUUUGUGAAGGAGCGAUAUAUUGGUGUAGUUCAUGUUAUGGAAACAACCGCUUUAUCUCUUAAAUCUGCAAUUGAUGAAUUAUUUGCUCACCGCAAUUUAAAUUUGGGUAGGGUUAGAGGCCAAGGAUAUGACGGUGCAAGCAACAUGUCCGGUGAGUUUAAUGGUUUGAAAACUUUGAUUUUGAAAGAAAAUUCUUCGGCAUAUUAUGUUCAUUGUUUUGCCCACCAACUUCAACUUGUUGUUGUGGCCCUUGCAAACAAGCAUCUUGAAAUUUGUAGAUUUUUUAAGGAAAUAACAGAUUUAAUAAAUGUUGUUGGUGCAUCGUGCAAAUGAAUAGAUUUGCUAAGAGAAAGUCAAAGAGAGCUUUUGGCAUUGAAUCCGGAAGUUGUAAUCGGAAGUGGAAAUAAUCAAGAAAUGGCACUUACAAGACCCGGAGAUACACGUUGGAGCUCUCACGAAAAAACACUUCUUCGUUUGCUUACCUUAUAUCCUUGUGUUAUUGAAGUGCUUGAAUAUAUAGAAACUUCGGCAUGGGAACCAAUUCACAAAACUCAAGCAAAUGGACUUCAAUUAUACAUGAAAAGUUUCAAGUUUGUAUUUUAUUUACAUUUGAUGAAACAUAUCUUGGGAGUUACUAACUUAUUGUGUGUCGCUCUUCAAAGAAAGAAUCAAGAUAUUUUGAAUGCAGUUGAGUUGGUUAGAUCAACCAAAGAAGAAUUACAAAGGUAUCGACUUGAAGGCUUUGACUCACUUUUAAAAGAUGUCACAUCCUUUUGUGACAAGUAUGAUAUUGAGAU